CACCAGCGGCCUGGAUGCGACCUCCCGCCUGGCGCUGCUGGCGGCCAUGAGGGCGGCGGUGGUCGGCGGCCAGCGGUCGGUGGUCGUGUCCUCCCACAGCCUCGAUGACAUCGACGUCCUCUGCGACCGCGUCCUCGUCCUCCGCAACGGGCGGCCCGUCGCCACGGGCACCACGUGCGACGUCGCCUCCAGGCACGGCCGCUUGCUGACGCUGACGCUGCGCUGCUGCAGCGCUGACGCCGACGUCAGGGCUGCUGUGCUGCAGCUGCUGCACGAUGCUGUGCCCUGCCUGCACUUGCAGGGGGGCUGCGGUAGCACGCUGGUGUUGGGGGGCGGUGGGCCCGUGGUGCUCUCGGUGGUGGUGAGGGCGCUGGAGGAGGCGCGGGAGCGGCGCCUGGUGGUCGACUACUCCUUCACCAACGCCUCAUUCGAGGAGGUGUUCCGACAACUGACGGCGCAGCAGAACGAUGGCUUCGUCUCGUCAGCAAACACCGCAGCUUCUCCGUUCCCUUUAAAGGACCGCAAUAGCGUCAGCCGACGUCAGCUUGGCCUCAAAAAUGGCAGCCGAAAGGCUGACGUUACUAUUGGCAAACUUUCCAGCCCUGGCGACACCGCCAAACGUCAAAGUUUUUAUGACAACGUCAACGCUAUCCUAACGAGCUCGCCCGUCCGGUUACUGAAGCAACGCUCGUCUCAGCUCACGCCCGAUAACUCAGUAGCACCGCUCGAUCACGCAGAAGACCCGCCCCCCUCAAGCCCCCCACCCUCCGACAUUCACUCCUCCACCACCCAGGCGCCUUCGCCCCAAGAACCCCAACCCCCCGGAGACAUGGAGCUGCACAGCACCAAGUUCUAGUUACUAGUUCCGCAGUUCUAGUUACUAGUCCAGCAGUUCUACUUACUAGUCCCGCAGUUCUAUUUACUAGUCCCGCGGUUCUAGUUACUAGUCUCACAGUUCUAGUUACUAGUCCCACAGUUUUUUUGCGACGAGGUAGGUAGGUAGUUGACCUACUUGUGUGAGUAACCUGCUGUGUUACGUCCUGACGUAGAAGCCCAACACCUGACGUUAUAGCGUUAUGUCCCAACGUUUUAGCGUUACGUUUUGACUUUGAAGCGGCAAAGUUUAAUAACGUUAGGGAGCAAACGCCUCGGCAGUUUACGUAACAUCUUGGCAUUGUAAUGUUGUACCGGUAGACAAACAAUGCACCAUUGUAGGACUGUAAUAUGUACACAUCACUUACUCCUGUCCUUAAAAACGCAAUAUAUGUCACAAUUGAAGUUAAAUUUACAGUUUACAAUUUAACAAACAUUGUGUUAUCGGACGAAAGGUGUACUAGAGUAGAAGGAUUUUUAUUAUUCCUAAAUUGAUAAUUUGAUUGAACAAUUUUACGUCGUAUCAAUCAUUAGGAUGGCAAUAUGGCAAUAAUCUAAUUAGUAUUCUUCAGCAAGGAAUGUGUACAUUUUAUAAUUUUUAUGAAUAUUUAAACUACAACUGAGUUCUUUGUAUCGAAUUAUAUAUAACUUUUAGAUUGUCCAGCAUUAUUUUCAAAGGUUUGAAAGAAAUUUAAUUCAGUCAAUUUAGAAAUUAUUUUUUUUUUGAAACUUUCGUGUGUUUUCAUCUUGAGAAUGUCAAAGAACUCAGUUGUACGUUUCACUAUGUUCUACAGUGAAACUACGCAUUACAGUGUAUACUAUUUCACUGUGUGAUUGUGUAAUAUGUGCUGCUACUAGUACUUUGUAAGUAGUUAAAGCAAUUAUUAAGUUCCUUUCAUUCUAGGUAGUUUAUGUUUAUGUUGGAACUUGGAAGGAAGCAUUACAUUACCUCCGAUCCUCCGGAUCCGGAAUAACCAUGCAAAUGUGCAAGUAUUGUCCUUUUUCGUAAAUAGAGUUUGUGGUGAGUAUCAUGCUAAAUAAAUAGUGUGCUAUCAUGGCACCUAAUUAUUAUUAUAUAGCUCAUACACUAGAGUCUAGAACCAGUUCUAAUUUUUGUGUGCAGCCGCUGCGUUCAAGGACUGAGGCUCCGAGGUACUGUUUUUCCCUUUUUUGCUGAGCAUUUUUGUGUUUUAGAAUGGAUCUGACAAGUAAACGCUCUUUUCAGACUUCA